AUGCCAGAACCUCAAUUGUCCGCAGCGAAGCGGCACCAGCGCACACAGGCAUUCACCUCGCAUAUGGCCAGCGCAUCGUUGGAGAGGCAGCUGGUUGCCGCACAGACCGCAAAAACGGACCUCGAGACUAAACUCAGGGAGAAGGAUCUUAUCAUUGAACGACUUGAAGGGGACCGUCGAUGGCUCGCUGAGCGAGAGCAGGAGGAGCGAGAGGAGAAGGAGCGCGAAAGGACUGAGCGGGAAGAAGAAAAGCGCAAAUCAGACGGCGAGCUACGAUCCCUACGGGCCUCUAUGCUUAAUUUGGAGGAACAACAUGAGAACCUCAAAGACGAACACUCUUCUCUUACUCGUAGCACUUCUCAGACCCUCGGCUCUCAGAAGUCGCAUAUAUCUACAUUGACGCGACAGGUCUUUCUUCUCGAGGAGGAGCUCGCGGAGUACAGGCAUAUAGCAGAAGAACGAAGUCAUGCAUAUGAGGAGCUACAGGCGCAGCUGGACCAUCUCAAUGCCUCUCAGGAUAGUUCUAUCCAGCAGGAGACGGACGAAGAAAGCUGGGCCGUAGUUCGCGCGGAACUUCAUCGACAAGCAGAGUAUAUGCGAACCCUGGAGACUUCUAAUGCCAAAAUGAAUGCAGAACUGGUCAUGUUCAGAGAAAGACAGGCUAAGAUAGAGGUAUUGAAGGAGCAGAAGCGCGGUCUCGAACGCAAGGUAAAGGAAGCCGAUGAACUGCGAGAGCAAGUAGGCAGGCUUGAAGCAGAGCUUGAAGCAGCCAGGCGCGAAAGAGAAGAAUGGGCUUCCAACAAUGCUGGACCAUCUACGCCAUCGAAGACGCCUGUCUCCAUCACGCAAAGCUUAGCCAAUCUACGUAUCACGCACGCUCGUCUACUCGAGGAACACGGGUCCAACGUUGCGGUGUUACGUCGCCGAGAGGCCGAGCUUGCCAACUCUGAGAAGCGCUGCACGGAGCUGGAAGAGUCCCUGACAGGUCUUCAAGCUGAAGUACGGAGCUACAGGACCAAGGUUGCGCGCAGCGAGCAUGAUGCGAUCCUAGCUGAGCGCGAGGCAUCUUUCUUGCGAGCAAUGGUGGCUAGCUUCACGGCUGAGGAGGCCUCGCAGAACGGUGUGAGAAUCGAGGAAGCCACUGUGCAGCAGGUGCAGCAGCUCGAGCAGCUUGUAGCUGACUAUAGAUCGACUGUGAAGGAACUCGAGAAAGAACUUGAUGCUUUAGGCGGAAAUUCAAGAUCACUUAACGGCGCUCAGGCAAUGAAGCAGCUACAAGACGAUAUCGCAAAGGACCAGAAGGCACUAUUUGAGAUACAGCAAACGUUGAAAGAAAGCGAGAACGAGAACGAGAAGUACAUCGAGAAGAUAGAUGAGCUAGAGCAGACCUUGUUUGAGCUACGCGGUGAAAUUGGUGGCGGAAGGCAUUUACCGCCUGGUGUUCGCGUACUAUCUUUGAAGGAUAACCCGGCACAGCAAUGGGAAGAUCUCAGCCAGGCUGCUAUGGAACGAUUGAAGGGCGAGAACGAGGCUCUCAUCAAGAGACUGAAAGAGCUGGAGGAUAGUGGUGCACGGGGACAAGGCGAUGGUGGUAGCAAUGAAGAACUCGUCCCUAGAAAGAGCUGGGAGGUCGUAAACAAGGAGAAGGCCAGGCUCGAAGAGGAACUGAAACAGAAGGAGAAACGUCUUAUGCGGCUGCAGCAGAUCUUUCACGCUAAGAGUGCGGAAUUCAGGGAGGCUAUCGCAUCGAUCCUCGGUGUCAAGCUUGCUUUCUAUCCUAACGGCCAAGUACGUGUAACCUCACAGUUCGACCUGAACGCCGCAUUCGUGUUUCAGCCCACGGGCGCUGGGGAAGAUGGCAUGAAAAUGCAGCUCGUCGCGCAGGGCGAGGGUGGGCCGGAAGAUCUUCCCCAGCUCAUGCGGUACUGGGUCGAGCAGGAACAGUGCAUCCCUGGCUUCCUUGCUAGUAUCACUCUCCAAUGUUAUGAAAAUGACAAGAUAGAGAGGGAACGAGAGCAGGGUCGACCUUAUUGA